AUGAGCUUCUCAACCCCCUCCGAUCCAACGAAAUUGCUGAUUCAGCGCGAGAACUUGCACAACCAGAUCUGCACGCACAACCUCGCCACCGAUGCCCCGGGUCCGCGACAGUCGGGCCAGAACUCGCCCGAACACACCUCGGCAGUCAUAGCAGAGCUGCAGGGCAUGCUGGCGGAUAAUGUCCCCGUCGAGUCCGUGGCUAUGACGCACGACUACGCCGAGAUCGUCAUCACAGACUCGAGAGGUUUGAACGGGAGCAUGACGGUGCCGUGGAUGGCGACUAUAGAGCAGCGGGGCGAGGUAGAGUGGCGGGGACGCAACCGCGAGGUGGUCGAUGAGUACGAGAAGGAUCCGGGCAAGUAUGAGAAGAUGAACGAGGAGUAUAAGUCGCCGAGGCCGCUCGUCGUCACUUACAACGUCUCGAGAGAGGUUGGGCCGCCGUUCUCUCGUCAGAGCGAGGGGGAGAAUGGGCUGCAGGGCUUCGUGGAGGAACUGAAGCGGCUGAAGGAGGCUGGAGCCAUGGUAUUGGCUGCGAGCUUUACACCCCAAACUGCUGUCAUUACUGUCGACGCCCCCAAAGGUCUGUAG